UCUUGUUCCUUGCGUUGGUCUUUCCUUCCAUGGCUGCUCAUGAAAAUGCAACAGCAACUGAGAGGAAAGUUGAUGUGGUUGUAGAAGGCAUGGUGUAUUGCCAGAGUUGUGAACAUUAUGGAACAUGGUCUUUGUCAGAGGCUGAGACGAUUGCUUCGGCAAAAGUUAGCGUUAUCUGCAAAAAUGAAAAGGAUCAAGUCAGCUACUACAAGUCUUUUCAAACAAAUGACAAUGGCUACUUCUAUGCACAACUUGAGGGAUUCAAGAUGAAUAAUUGUUUGGUGGAGCAUCCCCUCCAAUCAUGCAGUCUUAAACUUGUGUCAUCUCCUCUUGAAAAUUGCAGCCUCCUAUCCAAUGUUAACUAUGGAAUGUACGGUGCCCCGCUUCGAUAUGAGAGGAAGAAAUUGUUUGGAAAGAGUUAUGAGGCUGUGAUCUAUGCUGCAGGCCCCCUGGCUUUCCGUCCAUCAAAUUGCUCUACCACAACUCAAGAAUAGACUUACCACCAGUUUUCAAUGAACCUUGAGUAAUCUUUGUUUCAGUUUUAUUUAUUGUUUAGUUGCCUAAUUUGCCAAUUUAAUGGUGCCUAAUAAAUUGUUUUGUUAUUUUGUUUCAUCUCUUAAUUAAAGUUAAUUCUGUGCAGAGUUGUUUCUUUCACUGCCUCACUUCCUUGACUUGCUUAUAAGAUUAUAUGUUUAGUUGUUUGUUUCUUAUGCUGUUUCCUAGGGGAUAAAAUAAUCUCAGGAUUAGGACAUAAUUUCACAAAAAAUGUCAGAUUUUCACAUGAAUUUAACUAUUUAAGUAUAUAUGAGGCAAAAAGAUAUGGCAGAAUAAUGAAUAACCAAUUGAAAUAUCAGAGAUAUUAACCUGAUUCUAGGACAAGUAGAACUUACCUUUUCUCUUAGAAGUCCAAUGGCAUUCCAAACAUCUUAUUUAUGUCAUCCAUGGCCUCCUUUGUAAACAUAGUUGGCUCAAAUAGAUCGCAAUCACUUUUUUUCUUGGAUGAUUUUGGCGGGGCCUGACGUUGA